GUGGGUGGUCCGACCGUCAGAACCCAGUCUUCCACUAGCAAAGGAAGCUCUGCCUUGAAUAAAGAGACAUAAGCAAUUAUUAAGCAGUUUCUUACAGCCUCAUUCGGGAGUGAGUUUGCUGAUAUCUGGAGGUAGUUCUGGAAUUUCAAUAGCAGGGACGAUGCAGGAACCAGACUGUGACCUGGCCAAGCAGAGGAAACAGUUGGUCCAGGAACUGUGCAUGGAAAAACAAGGAGAGCACUUUGACCUGGGGAAGAAGAUCAGCGUUCCUCGGGAUGUGAUGAUGGAAGAGCUUAACCUGCGGUCUAACAUAGGUUCCAGAAUGUACCAGGAGAGACAGAAGAGGGUGGAGAGGUUCACCUUGGAGAACGUAGCACCAGACACUCACAGGGUGGUGCCCCACGACCCCCAGCAGCCAGGCCAUAGCAGUACACACAACCAGGGAGCCUUACAAGGGGGGAAGAAUAAUUACCACACAGAGGUCUAUAUUGGACAACCAGGAAGAAACAGCCUAGUGAGAUCCCUGAAGAACACAAUAGCCAGUAAGGGAAACCCCAGUGUCCUGGCCCCAGGUUACAAUGGGCCUCUGAAAGAAGUUCCUCAUGAGAGGUUCAACGUCACUGUGAUUCCCAAGGCCUACUGCUCCCCAUGGCAGAUUCAGCACCAUAACGGUAACAGUGACAAGCUGCUGUCUGCCAUCUCUGCCCAUCUCCCUGAGCUGCCACAGAAACUCACCCCAAACAACUACAGGUGCUUCAACAGGGCCCCGAUGCCAUUUGGGGGCACAGCAGGUAGUGCGAGGAUGUUCCCCCUGCCAGGGUUUGAGCUCCUGCAGGCCCAUACUGAACCGAGUCGGACCUGGGAGAGCAUAUGUGACCGGCCCAACUUCAACCGCACCCCAAGGGGCUGGGCUGCCCACUACACUGCUGAAAUGGAGACUUCAGACCUCUGAGCCAUGGCUGUGACGGAGAGCAUCAUGGGUAACUUGUGACUGACUGAUCUACAAAUAAUAUUUAGUUAUAUAUGAUGGAAGGGGAUUUGUUGAUCAGUCUUGACUCUCCUGUAAAUUCAGCUUCAAUGUUGAACGUGCUCCAUGACAGCUUUAGAUGACCUCGCUACACUCUUACAAACUGCAAGUCCAAACAGCGGAUACUAAUGUGCAAUUUUCUAGCAUGUAAUCACUUUAGAAAAAUAAUGUUCUCUCCUUGUCUUGUUCUGCCACAGCUAAUGAUAUCCACAAUGUCUUAGACCAGGUCAUACUUCAUCAAGGUCACAACUUAUCAAAUGAUACUAUUACAAAAACAACAAAAAACACUUUAAAAGAAAGGAUAUGUUUAAUGAAGCAAAAAUGUUAACCAUACACUUUUCACAGUUAUAAUAAAAGACAUUGACAAUGCUGUGGAGUCAUGGACACCUUCAUUCUUUAGAUAAUAGUGCCACCACAUGGAAGUAAAAUGGUCUUAACAAUUGGUUGUUCUGAAGACCGUUAAACAUCUGACAAUUCUGCAUAAAAUGCAUUAUAAGGAAAAAUAAUUGUAGAAAUGGAGACAUUCUCUUCUAUAAGAAAGGUUCAGUACAAUAUGCACAACUUGCAAACGUAACCCUUCCUCCCCCUUUCAAAUAUACAAGCCAGAGAUAGAACAUACAGGUAACUGCCAAAAUAAAGGAAACACUUUACAAAAUGAGGGAUACAAAGUGUAUUGAAAGCAGGUGUUUCCACACAGGUGUGGUUCCUGAGUUCAGUUGCCCAUUAUUUUGGCUACCAUGGUGAGAAGAGAUCAGUGACUU